AUGCCUCAUCUAAACAACAAACAAAACAAGAAUACAAACCCAGUCAUCAACAGACAGGAUGACCACCUCACUCAGCCUUGCCAAGCAGAGGAAAAACAAACAAGCAAACAAAAACUCAGCGCAAUCUCACCCUAUGCAAAGCUUGCACAAGUCACUGGACCAAUCUUGAAAAGUGAAAAUGAAGUCGCUCAUUCGUGUCUGACUCUUUGCAACCCCGUGAACUGUAGCCUGCCAGGCUCCUCCAUCCUUGGGAUUCUCCAGGCAAGAAUACUGGAGUGGGUUGCCAUUUCCUUCUCCAGGGGAUCUUCCCGACCCAGGGUUCAAACUCAGAUCUCCUGCAUAGCAGGCAGAUGCUUUACCCUCUGGAGGGCAGAAACUAAAGGAAGAAAGGAUUCAAGCUUGAAGCCUGGGAAAAUGAGACCUCAAACACAAAACAACAAAAUUAAUUAA